AUGGUCGUCGUCGCCGAGGCUCGGUCCAUGCGUGUCGCCAUCCAAGGCUCCGGCGUUGCUGCCGCCGCAUGCGCCCGGCGGCUGCGAGCGACACACGACGUCACGGUUUUCGAGAGCGGUCGUGGGCCGGGCGGCAGGAUGUCGACGCGCCGUUCUGACGGAUAUCAGUGGGACCAUGGCGCCCAAUACUUUUCGCCAAAGACGGACGCCUUCUCGGUCGCGGUCAGCGAGUGGGUCGAGCAGGGCUGGUGCGACGCGUGGGCCGGAGAGCAUUGCGUCUGGUCGUCGGAGGGAGGCGUCUCUCCCGACCCAAAGGCAGCUUCGGGCCGUACCGGCUCUUACACCCUUGGCCUGAACUUCUCUUUGUUCGUAGGCGGCGGCGGCUGCGAGUACGACUUUCUCAUCUGCACCGACAAGACGGCGGCGGCGCAGCACCGAAAGGACCUCGAUCGGGAGCUCCUCGACGACUUUGCGCCGACGCCACGAUCCUUCGCCACGUUUGCCUCCCUCAGCCUUCUCCGAACAUUCCUGCAGGCGAGCGCUGUGCCGUCGGUCCCCAGCUUGGCGCUGAUGGUUGCAGUGGAGCAGACACGCCACCCGACAUUCUCCUGGCUGGCGCGCGACUCCUCAAAGCCGGGCCGCCGCCAGGGAGGCGGCGUGGAGUGCUGGGUGGCGCACGCCUCGCCCGACUGCGCCAAGCGGCUGCUCAAGUCGUCGAGGCGCCGCGGCGGUGGCGGGCCUCGAGGCGUCCGCGAGGAAGCGGUCGUGCGGGAGCUGGUGCCGCCGCUGCAGCGACUGUUGAGCGAGCUGAGCGACGCUGUCGGUGCCGCUCCUCCAGAGGUGCUCGUCGCGGAGGGCCAUCGGUGGGGCGCCGCCUUCCCCGCCUCCAGUUUCGCCGCAGCCGGAAGCGGCGAAGGCCGUUUCUACCUCGAUGAGCGAAACGCUUUUGCGGCUUGCGGCGACUACUUCUCACCCUUUCCCGGCCGUGUCGAGGGGGCUUGGAUCAGCGGCACAUUACUGGCUGACGCGCUCCUCGCCAGGCAAGCAACUUCAUGA